UAGAUCAGAGCUAAUAAUUUGGGCGCAAGCGCUGGGUACGUCACUAAUACAAGACAAGUAGCGCUACCGGGGGCGUUGUGCGUUAAUCUGCUGUCAGUCGACAGCACUUUUUGGCACAUAAUACUUUUUUAAGAUAUUAAGACUGUCAAGAUGACGGACUCAAAGUAUUUCACAACUACAAAAAAGGGUGAAAUUUUCGAGCUCAAAUCUGAACUUAACAAUGAUAAGAAAGAAAAGAAGAAGGAGGCAGUGAAGAAGGUAAUUGCUUCCAUGACUGUUGGGAAAGAUGUGUCUGCAUUAUUCCCUGAUGUUGUCAAUUGUAUGCAAACCGAUAAUCUGGAGCUGAAGAAGCUGGUAUACUUGUAUUUGAUGAACUACGCAAAGAGUCAGCCAGAUAUGGCUAUCAUGGCUGUCAACACAUUUGUUAAGGAGCUAGCGACAUCUCCAAUGACAAAGGACUGUGAGGACCCCAAUCCCCUGAUCCGGGCACUGGCUGUUCGUACUAUGGGCUGUAUACGCGUUGACAAGAUCACCGAAUACCUGUGUGAACCUUUGAGGAAGUGCCUGAAGGAUGAGGAUCCAUAUGUCCGCAAGACUGCAGCUGUUUGCGUCGCCAAACUCUAUGACAUUAAUGCAGCAUUAGUCGAAGAUCAAGGAUUUUUGGAUCAGUUGAAGGAUCUAUUGUCGGACAGCAAUCCAAUGGUCGUAGCUAAUGCUGUUGCUGCGCUCUCUGAGAUCAAUGAGGCCAGUCCCAGUGGACAGCCGCUUGUGGAAAUGAACGCACAAACUAUCAACAAAUUAUUGACAGCUCUUAACGAGUGUACUGAAUGGGGUCAAGUCUUCAUUCUUGACUCGUUGGCAAAUUAUUCUCCUAAAGAUGAUCGUGAAGCACAGAGCAUUUGCGAGAGGAUCACGCCGCGUUUGGCCCAUGCUAAUGCAGCAGUUGUACUCUCUGCUGUAAAGGUCUUGAUGAAGCUAAUGGAGAUGUUGCAAUCUGAGUCAGACUUUGUUGGAACUCUUACAAAAAAAUUAGCACCACCCCUGGUGACGUUGUUAAGCUCUGAACCAGAAGUGCAGUACGUCGCAUUGAGGAACAUCAAUCUCAUUGUACAAAAGAGACCAGAUAUCUUGAAGCAUGAGAUGAAAGUCUUCUUUGUGAAGUACAAUGAUCCUAUUUAUGUGAAACUAGAGAAGCUCGAUAUCAUGAUCAGAUUGGCUUCCCAAGCUAAUAUCGCUCAGGUUCUUUCUGAACUGAAAGAAUAUGCUACAGAAGUUGAUGUUGAUUUUGUGAGAAAAGCUGUAAGAGCUAUUGGACGUUGCGCUAUUAAAGUGGAACCAUCUGCAGAAAGAUGUGUUUCCACAUUGCUGGAUUUAAUACAAACUAAGGUUAAUUAUGUGGUCCAAGAAGCUAUCGUCGUUAUAAAGGAUAUCUUUAGAAAAUAUCCCAACAAGUAUGAGAGCAUCAUUUCAACAUUAUGCGAGAAUCUGGACACCCUGGAUGAACCGGAAGCCCGUGCUUCGAUGAUUUGGAUCAUUGGUGAAUACGCAGAAAGAAUUGACAACGCAGACGAACUUUUGGAAAGCUUCUUAGAAGGAUUCCACGAUGAGAAUACUCAAGUGCAGCUGCAGCUGCUCACAGCCAUAGUAAAGCUCUUCCUGAAAAGACCGACGGAUACUCAGGAACUUGUUCAGCAAGUUCUUAGUCUUGCUACUCAGGACUCCGAUAAUCCAGAUCUGCGAGAUCGAGGAUUCAUUUACUGGAGAUUACUUAGUACCGAUCCUGCUGCGGCAAAGGAAGUUGUCCUCGCAGAAAAACCUCUCAUUUCUGAAGAAACAGACCUGCUAGAACCAACCUUGUUAGAUGAACUCAUAUGUCAUAUCUCUAGUCUGGCCUCAGUCUAUCAUAAGCCACCCACUGCAUUUGUGGAAGGACGAGCCGCCGGUGCUAGGAAAUCCUUACCAGCCAGAAGCAACUCCAGCGAAGAUUCCACUCAACGCGUCAGUAAUCAACCCCAGGCUCAAGUUAUUCCUGCCCAAGAUUCUUUGAUAGGAGAUCUUCUUAGUAUGGAUAUAGGCGGCCCAGCUAUCGUGACUCCUGCACCCGCCAGUCAACCUGGAUUGGGAUUAGAUCUUCUGGGUGGUGGCCUGGAUAGUAUAUUGGGAGGACCAGAUCCUGCCCCAGGAUCUUCUGCAGUUUCUCAAAGUACAACAGGUCUUCUUGGGGAUAUUUUUGGUUUCAAUCAGGGUCCAACAUGCUAUGUACCACCCAAAGUCAACUGGCUUCCUGCAGAAAAGGGCAAAGGAUUUGAUAUUUGGGGUACUUUCUCAAGAAAGAAUGGUCAGAUCAGUAUGGAUAUGACAUUCUCGAACAAAGCUAUGCAACCUAUGGGCGGUUUUGCUAUACAACUCAAUAAAAACAGUUUUGGUCUUACACCAUCUGCACCCUUGCAAGUUCCCGGUCCUUUGGGACCCGGUGCUUCCAUAGAAGUCAGUAUAGUCUUGUCCACGGCUGGUGCAGUACAGCGUAUGGAACCAUUAAACAAUCUCCAAGUCGCCAUUAAAAACAACAUCGACGUAUUCUACUUUGCUUGCAUAGUUCCAAUGCACGUAUAUUUUACGGAAGAUGGUCAACUAGACAAGAGAGUAUUUUUGUCAACUUGGAAAGACAUACCUGCUCAAAAUGAAGUUCAAUACACAUUGAAUGGUGUAAUGCUCACCGCAGAUCAGGUGGUGCAGAAGAUGCAGCAGAACAAUGUUUUCACCAUUGCCAAAAGAAACGUUGAAGGACAGGAUAUGCUUUAUCAGUCAUUAAAGUUAACAAACAACGUUUGGGUAUUAAAUGAACUAAAAAUCCAGCCUGGUAAUCCAGAUGUAACGCUUUCUUUGAAAUCUCGUUCUGUAGAAGUUGCUCCAGGUGUUUUUCAAGUAUACAAUGCAAUUCUACAUUCUUGAAUUUAAAAUCCAUUCCAUGAUUAUCCAUUAUCUGACAUGAAUCUAACCCAUGACAUGCAAAUAUCAUGUUACUGAAGAUCGUUCUAUAGCUGGUUUACGAAGAAACACAUUUGUUGUAUACAUUGAGUAUAACAUUUAUCAUGAAUUUGAAAAGAUCCAGCAUGGAAUUUAUUUCCUGUGAAAUUAAUAAAAAAGAUACGAUCAUAAUAUUUGCUGUCGGUUGCAUUAUGGUAAUGUAAUUGUAUUAAGUGUAGGCUACAAAAUGUAUUAUACUUUAUGAGAAACUUAAAAUAUUAAUGGACAUAAGAAUUGA